GUUGAAACGGCGCACGACCUUUCCACGGGAUGCUACCGAGUGAGCUCGACGCAACACGGCCGCUCUCGGGCGUCGCGACGACAGCACUUUUGGCCACGUCCGACGUUGAAGCGAGCCGGCCUAGCGAUGACGCGUACCUCACUGUGCUCCGCGAUCGGGAGUCGACGCCGGAAGGGCCCGUGAAGCUUUAUGUCUUGCAGCUGCACGGCCAAAACGUCUCGUCCAUUGACGAGGUUUUUACGUCAACCUCGCCUCGGCACCUCGUCGCUUUAUACCUGCAGCACAACGUCAUUGGCGCGAUCGACGCGCUUCUUGUGUGCGCCAAGACGCUCCGCGUCCUCAACCUUGCCUCCAACGUGCUCACAUCGCUGCCAGGCGGUUCAUUCUGGGCUGCAUUCUCACUGCUCUCGGUGCUCGACGUCUCGGACAACUACAUUGCCAAGUGGCGCGACGUCGCCGGCUUGGAAGCAGCGACGAGCCUCGAGCUUUUGCGCCUCGCGGGCAACCCGAUCGCGCUCCUCGAGGCGUCUCGGACCGUCAUCGUCAACCGCCUUUCAUUCUUGCGCGCCCUCGAUGCCUACGUGGUGACUGACGAAGAGCGCAUCCAGCAAGCCCAGUUUGGGCCGCGCUUUAGCGCACUGCACGCGUCGAUGCGGUGCACGCUCUGGACGCCAUGGGAGGCCACGCCUCUAGCCGUCGAUGUCACGGUGCGAAUUGCCCUCUGCAAGACGCUCUCGUCGCUCCACCGGCAGUGUGAGCGCAACAGGUCCGGUCGCUUCAACCUACCAUGUCUCUGCGACCUUGAAUAGUCCCGUCUUGAUCCUACAGCGCGUCUACCGCGGGUACCGAGCGCGCAAAUACGGCCUCGGCACGUUUCGAAGCAUGCUCGCCGCUGUCCGCCGCAUCCAGCGGCUCUUUCGCGGCUGGGCCUUUCGUUGCUACCUCAUGAGACAACUCUGUCUCGUGGUCGCCGACCACGGGGACGACGAUCUGUUGGUCUCGACGCUGCAAAAGCAAAAGCUACGCGCCAUUCCCAAAAUCAUGUCGGUCUGGCUGCGCCGACGGCGCAUCUACCUCCGCAACAAGGCCGCGCUGCGCAUCAAGCAUUUUCUGUGCGCAGCGGUCGCCGAGAUCCAAGCCAUGCGCGCGCGGCUCCUCACGUCGCCGUGGACGUUGGCGAUCGUGUGCACGCCGGCGUCGCUGCCUCUGGUCCUAGCCGUCGCCAAGAUUGCGGCCCACCGCGAGCACUACGCACUGGGCGUACCCGUGCGCGCGCUUACCAACCGCGUCGUUGCCACCGGCCCCCGUGUGCUUCGACCGUCGGGCUAUCAUUUUCACCAAGUCUUUGCGCAGCUGCGCCGCCCUCGUUCCUUGGCGCACAGCGCCUGCGUGCUGACCAAGUGCGACGACACCGUGCUGCUUGCAAGCCAGCUGCGUCUCUUGCGCGAGGACGCCGAGCAGCUGGCAACACUGCGGCCGCGAAAGACCACGCCGCUGCAAAGACAGCACCUGGCCGCCCUCCGCCACGAGGUGGCCCAGCGAAUUCGGCUCGUGGACGCCACACUGCGGUCGACGCUCCAAGCCCGCGCCUCGCGACUGAAGGGCCAGACACGAAAGCGAAGUAUCCGAAUUCGAGCCCGCGGUGUCCAACAACCAAAGCAUGUGACGCCGACGCGGCGCGCUCUGCCGCCACCAACAACGUAUGAGACGCUCCUGAGCUUUGUGCCCACGUCGUUUGCCAUGUACUGGCGCAUGCUGCACUUGCUCCGGCACUCGCACUGCUACGACGACGUCGUCUUGCGCCUCUACUCGCACGACGACGUCCGCCGACUGGCCGCGGCUACGCGCAUCCAGAGCGUCUACCGGUCGUACAGCACGCGCCAGCGUACCCAGUUUGACGCAGUGUUUCUGCAAGCCCGUGCGACACUCUGUCUACAGCGGUGGUGGCGCAACACGCUGUACCUUUACCGGGGGCUCACACAAUGGACACAGUGUCUUCGCACCGUCGCGGCCAUCGACUCGAACGUGCUGUACGUCGAGGAGCGUGUGCUCACGCUUCUGCGCACCCCGAGGAUGCUCGAGAUGGUCAUGUCGUCGUUGCCGGCGCGGACGUCGCACCACUGGCGGUUCAAGUUUACGCACAAGGCGCUGCACUUGCCCAUCACGCUCGAAGAGAGCUUGUCGCGGCUGCCGGAAGACGAGCAGUUGCAAUACCUCAACACGUUCCUUGUCGACAACGGCCUUGUCCGCGUCGGGUUUCCCGUCUGGAUGCCGAGCACACCCUUCCAUGAGAUUGUCGGGCGCGAAGAAAAAUAUACCUCGCACGACCAGGCCAGCCAUCUCUUCUCGAUUGGAGUCCACGAGGCGCCUGCCAACGACGUAUUCCCAAAGCCGCCCCUGAGCUCGUGCGACCCACUCUUUGGCCGCUUCCAAACGUGUCUCGAUGUCGUCGCCGACAGCCACGCGCUGUGGAACCACGCAGAGGCCGACACUGUGCCCAUGGCCUGGGGCAACAUGUGCGGCGUGCCCUUGGUCAAGCUCGAGUUUGGCUCGGUUCAAGAAGCCCGGCACCGCGCCGUCUUGCUGCUCCUCAAGACGUACGACGCGCGCACGCAGACGUACGCGCGUCUCUUUACGUACUCGAUGCUGCGGUACCUCUGGCUCGACAAGCCGACUCGUUUGCGAACCGGCCAUGUCUUUUCCAGCCAUUGGCAGGCGCUCCGCCUCGCUCUGCCGUCACGUUGGGGGACCUUCUAUCGCGAGCCAAAGCCAUCAUCGGUCGCGACGAACCGCGACCGACGCCGGUGUCCAACAUCGCACUUGGCACGGCUUGCGGGCUUGAGUGACCAACCUCUCCUGGACCUCUUGCUCGUCCAGCCACCACCUGUACCACCGACACCCGCCGAGGACGACGGUGACAACGAUACAGCCAGUCUGUCGACACUCGCACCCGACGUGGUCCCCGCAAACGUCUACAUGAGCGCGCACCCACCGCGGGACCUUCAAGAACUCAAGGAGCAGCAGGCGCAAGGCAUUCGGCUCGAGACAGCGUACGCCGAGGCUGCGCUCCGAAGCGUCGCCAUCGAAGAGCUGCAAGAGAAGCAGUUGCAGGUCGCUUUGCAGCACACGCCGCGGCCGCCGCCACCAAUGGUCACCGAAGUCGCCGCGCGGAAUCGGCACGAGAAGCUCCAAGCCAAAAUGCGGGCGGUGGAGGGCGCGGUCGCACUGCACCGGCGCGACCAAGAACGGGCCAACCAAACGCUUCACCGCAUGCGGCUCACCGAGCGGGCGGCCGAGGCGCGUGCGAUUGACGAGCGCAUCGGCCAUUGCGAGCGGGCGGCAGCGAUCGCAGCGCAAAAAGUGGCGGUCGACGCGGCGCUCCAGCGCAAUGCGUACGAGCAGCAACAGCGGCUUCUCUUGCAACAGCAGAACCGAGCGGUGCAAGCCGCCCUCUCGACACGCAAGAAGGCGCUGCGAGGAUUCGCCCAACGGUUUGGGCAGCAGACCGUGCGCCUGACGCGGCUCCAGGCCCAAGACGACCGCGACGACGUGCGCGCGACGCAGUCCACGCUCCCCGUGCUGCUCGCAGCCGACACCAAGCACAAGCUGGCGACGUUGCGCGAGUCGGAGCAAACGAAGCGCAGCUUUGCGUUCGUCGAGCGGCAAAAGGCGCGCAUCGAGCAACGCGAUGAGAUUCGAGAAGCGCUCGAGACGCAGGCGCUGCAGGACGACUACCGCCGACAAGACCUUCGCGACCGCAUAACGCGCGAAAAAAAAAUCAGAGCCCACUUGCGAGACGACGCCAAGCGCUCCAAGAACCACAAUCUGGACCGCGUCUCGUUGUAGUCUGUCGCGUGUACCAGAUUGUCAUUUCAGUGUGGCGGAUCGUAAUUCUGCGUUUCUACGCUCUUUUGUGUGGACCACAUGUCGACUGGCAAACUGUGUACAGAACGCCUGCCGGCAACAAAAGCCAUGUGCCAACGACAAAAGCUGGCUCUCGAGAAGCUUGAUCCAGCUCCGGUGGUCGCAGAGGCGUGACUGCGGUCCCCGUUCUCGAUCGCUGGGAUGGCUCCUCCGAGUUGCAACGACCUCAACUACACUUUUUGUACUAAAACAAUCAUGUCUACU